GCGGAGGCGAGGAGAGGAGCGCCGGGGCCGCAUCGCACCGCGCCGCACCGCCGGCGGGGCAUGAGGAUGGCUGUGGGCUCCGUCAAGAUGCAGACGCCGUGCGAGAGUCCGGUCCUGGCCGCGGCGGUGGCGGCGGCGGACGGCGCCCUGCGCCGCAGCCCCAGCGCCCGCGAGCCGGAGCGCGAGCAGCCGCCGGCGCCGCUGCGGCCGAGGCUGCGGGACCUGCCCGCGCUGCUGCGGAGCGGGCUCACCCUGCGGAGAAAGCGGAGCGCCGGCGGCGGCCGGACUCUGUCAAGAAGAAUUUCCAAUCCAUACCUUGAGCAUACUCCUUCCCAGAUUUAUGGAGAGAAUUCUUCUUGUGCAGGAAGAGCAUUGAGAAAUAUUAUUAUCGUUCAGGCAGCUGACCUGAUAAAGGACAGAGUGAACCUCAAGGGAUUUUACAGGAGAAGCUGCGUUGGGUCAGAACUGGUGGACUGGCUUCUGGAACACUGUCCUUUUGUCCAGUGCAGAUCCAUGGCCAUAGGGGUCUGGCAGCUCCUGCUGGAUAUGGGAAUUAUGUCAUCAGUGGACCAGCAUUUAUACUUUCAAGAUACCUAUGUUUUCUACCAGUUUUCGUCUGAUGAAUGUAGCUACUUGUACUGUGAAUUUGAAAGAGAAGAAGAAUGGCAAAACGGUGUCAAACUCCUACUGCAACUUGUGCCUCUCAUACCCGCUAGAGCUGGCAUCUGUGAACUGUCUCAUCAAAAAAUUGAAGACUCUGAAGAAAGCAGCGAUGAAAUUCUUGCUCGUCUAACAUCUGCGGUGCAGAGAGAGCUAGCAGCUGUUAUUGCCUUGAAAGCAAGAAAGUCUGCACUUGAGCAAGAUGAAGAAAACAGUGACAAACACGUAACUGUGACAGAAGCUGAAGGUGUUCCAGAUUCUCAGGCAGGGGUGAUGUGCAAGCUUCAGGAGAGAGAUGAUAUCGGACGAAUUGAACUGGUCCAGAAGCUGGCAAGAGAAAACUGUCAAUUUCUGCAGACGGACAAAAAAGAACAGGAGAAAUCUGAACACCAGGACGAUGAAGUGAUGACUGUUCAGGUUAAAGAGCAAGAGCAGAACGUCCUGGUGCUGAAGAAAGUGCAGUGCUGUGGCCCAGCCCCCCCAGCCGGGAGUGCAGAGAGCGACUGGAGAUACGUGGUCGUGUCCGGGACCCCGGAGAAGAUUUUGGAGCACCUUUUGAAUGACUUGCACCUGGAAGAAGUCCAGGACAAAGAAACAGAGACCCUCCUUGAUGACUUCCUUCUCACGUACACUGUCUUCAUGACGACUGAUGACUUGUGCCAGGCGCUGUUAAGGCACUAUUCUGCUAAGAAGUAUCAGGGCAAAGAAGAAAACUCAGAUGUUCCUUGUCGAAAACGUAAGGUCUUGCAUCUUGUUUCCCAGUGGAUUGCUCUGUACAAAGACUGGUUACAUGAAGAUGAACAUUCAAAAAUGUUUUUAAAGACCAUAUACAGGAAUGUACUGGAUGAUGUAUAUGAAUACCCAAUACUUGAAAAAGAAUUGAAAGAAUUUCAAAAGAUACUUGGAAUGCACCGUCGCCACACUGUGGAUGAGUAUUCACCGCAAAGGAAGAAUAAAGCCCUUUUCCACCAAUUCAGUCUUAAGGAGAACUGGCUCCAACACAGAGGAACUGUGACUGAAACAGAGGAAAUUUUUUGUCACGUGUAUAUAACAGAGCACUCCUAUGUCAGUGUGAAGGCCAAAAUUUCCAGCACAGCCCAAGAGAUCCUGAAAGUUGUGGCAGAAAAGAUCCAGCAUGCAGAAGAGGAUCUGGCUCUGGUGGCCGUCACAUUCUCUGGGGAAAAGCAUGAACUUCAGCCAAAUGACUUGGCCAUCUCUAAAUCCCUUGAAGCGUCUGGUCGGAUAUAUGUCUAUCGGAAAGACCUGGCUGACACUUUGAACCCGUUUGCAGAAAAUGAGGAGUCACAGCAAAGGUCGAUGAGGAUUUUGGGAAUGAACACUUGGGAUCUUGCUCUGGAAUUAAUGAAUUUUGAUUGGAGUCUCUUCAAUUCAAUUCACGAGCAAGAGCUGAUCUACUUCACGUUCAGCAGACAAGGAAGUGGAGAGCACACCGUGAACCUCAGCCUCCUGCUCCAGAGAUGCAAUGAGGUCCAGCUCUGGGUGGCCACGGAGAUCCUGCUCUGCAGCCAGCUAGGCAAGCGAGUGCAGCUGGUGAAAAAAUUCAUCAAAAUCGCCGCCCACUGCAAAGCCCAGAGAAACCUGAAUUCUUUCUUUGCUAUUGUGAUGGGUCUCAACACUGCUUCUGUCAGCCGGCUGUCGCAGACCUGGGAGAAAAUCCCUGGGAAGUUUAAGAAACUUUUCUCUGAACUUGAAAGUUUAACAGAUCCUUCGCUAAAUCACAAAGCCUACAGAGAUGCGUUCAAAAAGAUGAAGCCACCCAAAAUCCCUUUCAUGCCCUUAUUGCUUAAAGAUGUAACAUUUAUUCAUGAAGGAAAUAAAACGUUUUUGGAUAAUCUUGUCAAUUUUGAAAAGCUGCAUAUGAUUGCAGACACUGUGCGAACCCUGAGACACUGCAGGACUAACCAGUUUGGAAGUGAUGUGUCUCCAAAAGAGCACCAGGAGUUGAAAUCCCAUGUUAAUCACCUGUACGUCAUCGACAGCCAGCAGGCCCUGUUUGAGCUCUCACACAGGAUCGAGCCUCGGGUGUGAGCCCCCGCCCCGCCGCCUCCCCUCCCUGUAACCGCAGCACUUUGAGCUAUGGGAAUGUCAGUGCCAAACACGUCGCUUUCCUGUGAGAAAAGAAGUUGCUGAGUUUUAUCAGCAUAUCACACGACACACACAGGAAAGCCAGCCAAAGCGUGCUCAGGAAGUGAUGUCAGCCACCGGAGGUGGGGAGAGGCCUCCCCACGCUGCUCUUGGAACAAGAAGGCAGAAGAAGAGUCAGAAGCAUUCUUGAAAUGGAGAAGUCUGGUCUCUUAGGGUCACGUGGUUGAGCCAAUCCAAUUUUCAAUUUGAGAUGGGCCAGCAUCAAGACAAGAGAACAUGUCUUGUCAUACAGUGACCAAAUAUUUCAGUAAAAGUGUGCAUGAAACAGGGAGACGUUUUACUUUGCCUGGUAGAAGAUUGCUGUUUAUAGGCUGUCAAAGGAGGAGCUCAUUUGAACAUCUAAAGACAGUGAUGGCAUCUGUAGAUUUCCAGGGAGAAGGAAUGGUCUCUGUGGAUACAAACUAUGACAUCACCAAAGCGACUUGUGUCUAGGGAGUUAGUGAGGACCAGCAGCUGGCAUCCAUGCUCUGAUUUCCAGAGGAAAUGUCAAGGCAUGCAUUUCUUUGCAUCCACAAUCACUUAUCCGUGUACGCUUGCAGGUGAAAUUUGUUUCAGCACAACUGAUUUGCAACUAUAGGCAAGUUAGACUAAGUUGCUUUGCCAAUAAGGAAAAAUAGUAAUCUUUAAGAAAUUGACUCACUGUUUAAUUUCCAGGGAUUGUCUUUACAUGUGCAAGCAGGCUCUCAUCUCUUAUUGGGAACAAUGUGAUUUUUGAAAAAGUACAGUGCCUGACACAUUGUAGGUACUCAGUGACUGUUUAUUGGGGUGACACAGUCACAAAAGUCUGCAUUCUUGUGCCCGACGACACCCUACUGUUUUGCAUGACUCCAGCAGGCUCCCUGCCCACAGUGUGGAAUGGUAACAGCCAGCACAGGGAGGUCAGGUGGGUUUUCAUGUGUGGAGCGCUUAGCACUCCCUAGAGAAGAGCAAGGGCUCAGGUAGCGGGGACUGCCCGUCUUCCAGCAAAUGAAAAGAACCCUGAAUAUCCAAAUGUCUGAUUUACACUGGACACUUAGAAGUCCUGUCUGUAGUCCACCUCCCAACCAAGGCAUGGAGCCUUUCCAUAAUUUGUCAUUCUUUUCAAAGCCUCAGAGUCUUUUAAGUCUUUUUUAUUCCCAUUUUUACCCAUUGGGGCUCCUACAGUAAAUAAAACCUCUUGCUAUUCUCAAGAACUGGUUAGAGGAUUUCCCCCCACCUUCAAAUGAAUAAAAAGCCAGUGGGAUACAAUGAAAUCCACCCCUGCCAGCUAGAUACUCGUCACGCUGCUAGAAUACAAGGGCCCUGCUCGUGUAUUAGGUCCCUUCAUUUUCCACUCGCGUGGAUCCUGGUGCACUUCUCCCCACUCCUGCCUCUGCAUCUCUCAGGUGCCCGUACAGAACUGCUUCCUUUUGUCUCAUCAACACCUCAUUUCUGAGGUGUGUCUGAUGCUUUCUGGCACCUAGAUAGCGGUGCUGUUUCCUGGGCUCGGGAAACACACUGAUUUGGAGAGAGCACUGGAAGGAACUGUGUCUGGCACGUAGAACUUCAUUCCUGAAAAUGAACAGGGUUUUAUAGAAAGGCACCAUCCAGGGCUGGUCCCUCAGAGAAAUGCUCCAGGCUACCGGGAAUGGAAUGAGACCCACUGGAGGAGGUCAGAGCCAUCGGAACCAGGGAAAACAGACUUCUCUCCUGGCCAAUCAAACACUGGACCAGAGCCCCCCCCCGUGGCGAUUACUAGACAUAGCGUGGGCUUACAGCACAAGCAUGUGUGCUGGUCUUUUCUCUAUGCUAGGGAGAAGCAUUUGGCCCAUCUAAUCAUGUAAGGCCAUUUUGACAUUGUCUCUUUGUUUUACAGUUUAAAUUUUUAUUCACAUUAGAUUUCCAUUGCUCCGACUGGAACAUUACUUCUUCAGGACUAAUUUUCAACGGAGAACUAUUUCAGCAUAGCACCUGCUGCUUAAACCUCCUUCAAAUAUGUACACGGCCAAACGAAUCCACACAUGCAUCAUGUUUAAACACAUUUGGAUGGUAGUCAGAGUAUCCUGUGUGGCGUGGGUGGAAACAGGCUGGGGAGAAAAUGGUGCUUGUUCACUGUUACUCCAGCCGUGGUCUCGUGGCUCUCAGGCAGCAAAGGGAAAGGAGGAUUUUCUUUAGAUUUGCUUUUCCAUCCCUGUCUUCUGAAUGUCAGAAUCCUUCUGAAAUUUAACAACUGUCUCCAGAGAUUUCCCAGGCAGCAGCUCUCAGAAAUUUCAGAAACUCUGAGAAGACUUAAAUCUGGAAUUAAAGAAUUCCAGGCAGAAUUGUGGGGACCAGAUUUAGCUCAACAGGAAGCUCUUUCCAGCAAAUCUGAGCUGUCCAACAGUGAACAGGCCAUUGCAGGACCUAAGCGGCUCCCUGUUAAUGAAGAUGGGCUGUAUUCUCUCUCCAGAUAUUUGUCAGAGCCUCUGGAAUUGGUUUUGUUCUGGCUAGAAGGGUGGACUGGAAGAUGUCUACGCUACUUUCCGGCUCUCUUAGAUUUUUAUCAUCCAUAAAAUCUCCACUCCCUCUGAGAAUCUUCUAUAAUCUGCCAUCUUCACCAGUGAGGUGGUGCAGGGGCAUGUCUAAGUGGCUUCUUUUUGCUGCAGCACAGCUCUCAGACAGUCCCGCAGGUCUUUGGAUCUGUCAGCAUUCCAGCAAACCAGCCCUGCUUGGAAGUUAGCACAGGACAAGUUCCUGUAGGCAAAAUCGCAACCUUUCUGAAUUUUUUUUGCCAUAUACAUUUGCAGAUGCUCCAAAGGGUACAGUGUUGUAAGUUCACUCUUUGUAAUAAUCUGUACAAUUGCCAAAUGGUUGUAGUGAUAUAUAUUAUGGCCUACCUUCACGUUAUUCUAGUACCAUUAAUUAUGUUUAGAAUAAAUUCAUUUUCCUAGACUCCUAUCCACAAGCAAGUCAGGCAGAAUGUACAUUGAAUUCAGAAGUGUGAGGAUAAAGUAAAACCCACACCUCCCAGCUGGUAGGGCGAAGAUGUUGCACUAAUGUAUCCUCGCCUCCACAGGGGGAGAAACAGUUGCAUGAAAGAGUGGGACCGUGACUUCUGAUGCCCGGAGCUGGGCUUUUCUGUUGCCCCGCCUCAGCCCCGUCGUUCUGGUACAGCCAUCACAUAUGCCACAAAUCCCAAACUUAGUGCUCCCAAAUGGCACAACUAACCCAAGCUUCUCAGAAACUAGGCAAAAACAUUAAAACGGGGCAGACCGGGUCCGCUGCAGUUGUGUAACAAGGAGUUUCUUUUAAAUGCUUCAAAGACAUGUCCUUAAAAUUUCAGCCUGCUUAUUAAUGAGUGGGCCAUUGUGCUUCAAAAUAGUAGUGGGGGAAGAAAAGUUUUUAAAAGUUGCCAAAAAGUUAGAUGAAAAUGUACUACUGUAUAAAGCAAAGCUGUAUAUACUAAACAUUUUUUAGCAGAGUAAUAUUUAUUUGCAUAGCCUAUUUAUUGUAUUCCUAUUACACUGUUAUUAAAAACUGGGAUGAAAUCGAUAACCUGAAGUAAAGACUCUUGCCUUUUACUGUAUCAUUAACUAGGACUGCUGUGACAUUGUCAGCUUGUGUUAACAAUUAGCAUAUAGGAAACCUGCAAUCAGGGCGUCUACCUAACUUCUCAGGGACUACACUUCGUAGUUUUCCACCAUUAUAAGAGCUGGUAAAUAUGAAACAUUUGUUGAAUUACCAGAAUUGCCAUUAACAGUAUUUUCUUUCUCAUAUUUCUUGCUUUCUGCUUCUGUAUAUAUGACUGUGAUGUGUAUUUAUCGAAGCUAGUAAGCAAUAAUUUAUAUGUAAAAAUGGCCAAGCAAUAUAAGGUGAAAACUUAUAUAAGUCACUGUUACCUUAUCUUGUAUUUUCAAGUGUUUUUUUAAAACUGCUUUUCCAAAUAUAAGAUGUUGAAGAUACUA